AUGUCUGCUAGUCUUAAUUUUGCUGAAGUGAAACUGUUAUACAUAUGCUAUGAAUGCCAGAGAUCUACUCGAUCAGGAAAUCUGCAACUGAUUACUGCCCUCUCAAAGUGGGUAUUGAAUGAAAAUGGUGUUCUACGCGUGAAGAAGGUCGAGCAUCAUCUGGUUGGAAGUAGCAAGAUCCUUCCAAGGGAGUAUACCAUACUGGAUGAAGUUGAAUAUGCGAUUGAGAUAGAAGAGUAUCAUGAUGGCAAAUGGCGUCCAUUCAAUGCGAAAGACGUUCAGCUUGAGUUUGUUCGAAUUGAUCCUUUCGUGAGGAUUAAUCUCAACAACCAGAAUGGCCGGUUCUCUACUCGUUUCAAGCUCCCUGAUGUGUACGGUGUGUACAAGUUCCUCGUGGACUACAACAGAAUAGGUUACACUCAUCUGAACGAUGUGAAACAGGUAUCUGUUCGUCCAUUGCUGCACACUCAGUACGAGAGAUUCAUCAGAUCUGCUUAUCCGUACUAUGCAUCAUCAUUCUCUAUGAUGGUAGGCGUUGUGCUGUUCUCAUUCGUGUUCCUGUACUACAGGGAACCAGCCAAAGUGACGACAGCAACUACCAAGAAAACGAAUUAG